CGUCAUAAUGCACCUCACAGCUGAUGAUAUUACAACAUCCUCUGUCUUCUUAAACUGGACUAAACCGAAUGGUCAAAGCUCCCGUUAUCGUGUAGAAUAUGAAGAUAAGAAUGUGAUGACUGAAAACACCUCCAUCAAUAUAAAUGAUCUGAUUCCUGGAGCACAGUACACAUUCAGAGUGUUUGCAGUUGCAGCUGAUCAUGUGACCGAGGGAAGAGCCAAUCAGAUUUCACUGUAUACCAAGCCAGAUGUAAUCAGUAAUUUCACUGUGUCUAAAAUCACAACAUCAUCCAUGUUUCUGACAUGGGCUGAACCAUUUGGAAAUAGAUCUUUCUUUAAACUUAACUGGACUGACGAGAAUUUGGACUUGAACAGAAAUGCAAUAGAAACUAAUAAUACUUCCUAUCACAUCAGUGGUCUGACUGCUGGAGUCAGUUACACAUUCUGCAUCACUGCUGUGGCAGCAGAUCAAUCAACAGAAGGAGAAACUGUCUGCAUCUCAAACUAUACCAGACCUAAUGUGGUCAGCCUCGCAGUGUCUGAAAUCACAUCAUCAUCUGUGUUUCUGAGUUGGGAUGAACCAGUUGGAAAUAGAUCUUUCUUCAAAGUUCAGUGGGCUGAUGAUAAAACAGAUGCAACUAAUAAUACUUCCUAUCACAUCACUGGUCUGACUGCUGGAGUCAGUUACACAUUCUGCAUCACUGCUGUGGCAGCAGAUCAAUCAACAGAAGGAGAAACUUUCUGCAUCUCAAACUACACCAAGCCAGAUGUGAUCGAGAAUCUCAUAGUGCUUGAAAUCACAACAUCAUCUUGGUUUCUGACAUGGGAUGAACCAAGCCAGAUGUAA